CCAAAGGAUCGUCUGUGGUUUAACAUAUAGAGUGCUGGGGAAGUCGCAACAAAAGUGUUGAUUGAGUGGUAAGCAGCUCACUCCGUAAGAAAGAGAACACAAGUUCGAAUUCCGGGAAGCGCACUUGUUGAGAAGGAGAAUAACCUUUUAACGCUCGAUCUCCCGACUGGAUUACCAAGGUGCACACUGAAAAAAGAGUGCUGGGGAAGUAUUUUUUUUCUUUUCAAAUGAAGUCGCCCUUCUUGUUUCUUCUAUUUGCUGUUUAUGGCGGGGUAGCAGUUCCGCCAGAUUCUCCUGAAGUUGCGGGAGCUGACUGUGAAGGGAAAUGUGGAGAUGUGAACAUUAAAUUUCCCUUCGGAAUGGGACAAGAUCAUUGCUUCUUGGACGAGUGGUUCGAGAUUGUGUGCAUUAACGGGACCACUCCAAGACUAAAGAAGCUCGACCUAGAGGUUACCGAAACUUCCCUAAGAGAAGGCAGCAGCUAUUCUCUGUUUGAUGGGGAAGAUGGUACACCAACUGAUGCCAUAGUUGUUAAAAGUCCAAUUAUAUACUCGGACUGCAUGUGGUGGAAAACCUCCAAUUGGACCAUCAAUUUGACCGGAACCCCUUUCUUCUUCUCCACUAGCAACUGGUUUGUGGCGGUCGGCUGCCCCUACCUGGCGGUGCUGGCCACUCCUGAUUUGGGUGCUGUGGACUGCAACACGCAAUGCAGCAAUGAUAGCAGGAUGGAAAUUGGUAAUUGUGACGGUAUCAAUUGUUGCCGGACUAACAUGCCAUAUGACAGCAGGGACGGCUCAUCAAGCCAGGCUUUCGAGUUUGACUUAAAGAGUUGGAGAGGCGAUCAAUUAUUAGAACACGAUUGCAGGUAUGUCUUUCUUGCUCAUGACGACUGGUUAAUGCAAACGUCCAGACUGGAUGUGGAUCUGCGGGUUCGAAAAAUGCAGUUCGUUCCCCUGUCACUAGAUUGGUAUCUCGAUGAAGCUGCAAUUGUGAAGUUGGGAAUGAAUAUCACUUCUGGAUACUCUUCCUCUGAUUUGCAACCUUACAGCUGUGUCCAGCGAGCUCCCAAUCGGAUUAUCAAAACUAAUUAUUACUCAUGUUCCUGCAAUGGGGGCUACAAUAAAGGGAACGCCUAUCUUAAGCAAUGCGAUGAUAUCGAUGAAUGUCAAGACUCGAGAUUUAAUAUUUCUUGCCUGGACGGGUACUGUAAGAAUACAAGAGGUAGCUAUGAGUGCAUAACCCACCAUCAUACCCAUAUCUUUACCAGGAGGAUCAAUGCAAUCAAGGUUGUUGCCAGUGGAAUUGGAGGAGUAGUACUGCUUCUUGUGGUACUGUGGUUACGCAAGUUCAUUAAGAAAAGGAGGGAGUUGAAGCUCAAGCAAAAGAACUUCAAGAGAAACGGGGGCCUGUUGUUAGAAAAACAGCUGCAUUCUGCUAGUAAAGGCGACUAUAUUGAGAAGAGCAAGUUAUUUAACUCAUACGACUUAGAGAAGGCCACCGAUAACUUCAGCAAGAACAGGAUACUCGGGAAAGGAGGUCAAGGAACAGUUUACAAAGGUAUGCUGGAAGAUGGGAGAAUUGUCGCGGUUAAGAAGUCCAUAACAAUCGACGAAGGGAGAGUUGAGCAGUUUGUUAAUGAGGUAAUCAUUCUCUCAGAAAUCAAUCAUAGGAAUGUGGUGAAGCUGUUGGGAUGUUGUUUGGAGACAGAAGUUCCGCUAUUAGUCUAUGAAUUUAUCCCCAAUGGAACUCUCUAUCAGUAUCUUCAUGAUCCGGAUGAGAAUCUCUUAGUGUCCUGGGAAAUGCGAUUGCAAAUUGCAGUCGAAGUAGCAGGAGCCAUCUCUUACCUGCAUUCGGCCUCGUCCAUUCCCAUCUAUCACCGAGAUAUCAAGUCCAACAACAUACUAUUGGAUGAAAAGUAUCGAGCAAAGGUAGCAGAUUUCGGGGCCUCGAAGGUACUCUCAAUCGACCAAACUCAUGUGACCACCAUUGUUGCUGGAACAUUUGGGUACCUGGACCCAGAGUACUUCCGCUCAAGCCAGCUUACAGAUAAGAGCGAUGUCUACAGCUUUGGGGUUGUCCUAGUUGAGCUCUUAACUGGGCAGAAGCCGGUCUCUGUACUGAGACCAGAAGAGCACAGAGGCCUUGUAGCGUACUUCAUUUCAGUUAUGGAGGAGGACAAGCUCUUUGAUAUUGUGGAUGCCCGGGUUCUUCAGGUGCAGGACACUGCAGGCAGAGAACAAAUUGCAGCAGUCGCUCAGCUUGCAAAGAGGUGCUUGAACAUGAUUGGAAGGAGACGGCCUACGAUGAAAGAAGUGGCAGUGGAGUUGGAGAGGAUAGGGAUGCAUGGGCGUCGAGAUGGAGAUGUCGAAUAUCAGAGGACUGAAUCAACAAUUCUAUCGUGGGAUGAUGAUGAUGCUUCCAUGUCCAAUAUCGAUGAUGCUAUGACGAUAAAUUCAAAUGCCCAUACUUAUCCAAAAAUUAAAGAAACUUCAAAUGCCCAUCCACUGCUCGGUGUUGUCACCAUGUGAAGACCCGGAAAUUGUUGAAAUAGGAAUAAAUGUUGCGUAUAAUGUAAUUUCCCUUCGGUAUUUGUAGUAAUGCGAUCCGUGGUCAAUAUGGUAUUUGUGUUGAUAAUGAGCUUUCUAGCACUAUAGCCAUGCAGUCUUUCCCUUUUUUUUUUUUUUUUUCCGGAGUGAACCAUGUUAUCCGGAAGCCCAAUUGGACUCCGACUAUUCUAGUUGAGAUGGGUCAGUUCACGAAAGGGUAAAGCUCUCUAGCAUGAAUUUUCUACAUUUACAAGGAC